AUGGCAGUAAGAAGCAGCCUAUUCGCUACGUUGUUGGUGGUUUGUGUUUUGAUCGUGGUCCUGAUGCCAGCAAACAGCUACGCCAGGCCACCCCCUUUGCUUAGUAGACAGAGGAGGGUGUCAGAUCAGAGGCUCGCCGAAAUAGAGACGCUUCUGGGGCUGCAGAACGUCAGGGGCAGAGUUGUGACGGUCCCCGUUGCAUUCGGCAUGUUGGAUCCAGAUAAGAUAGGUCGCAGACGAAGAUCCGCCACAAAUAACAGAUUGGAAACUCUGCAGCGUGUCAUGAAAAUUAUGGCCAAUAAUCCUGAUUUGUCCGACGAAGAGAAGAUUCUCUCCUUACCAGGGAAGCUGAAGGAGAGCCGGCGAAGCGUCAACGACGAGUACCAAUUCAUUUAAUUUCAAUGCACGACGUCGCGCUGAAACACAGGGCGAACACGGAGACAGAGUCGAGAGAACGAAGAACCAAACAAAAAGUACAAUAAAAGAAGAACAACAAGGGGAAGUGGAAUCUACGAAAGGAAAACCAAGGAUAAAAAAAGAAAAAAAAGAAGAAACGUACAUACAUACACGAUCUCUCGACCCUAAAACGCCGCCUAAACAGUAUUACGGACCGUCCUCCGUCCGAGCUUAAAUUCUUUAAAUAGAACUUACACUAUUAGGAUACUAAGUUGACUUAAACGCAGAACGGAAGAAAGAAUGAUCGUCCUUCAAC